UUUUUUUUUUUUUUUUCCGCCGAAGCUGAGCGGGUGCUGCUAGCGGAGGCGCCAUAUUGGAAGGGACAAAACUCCGGCGACAGCGAGUGACACAAAUAAACCCCUGGACCCCCUCGUUCCCCCAGCUCUAAGGGCCGCGAUGUUGUACCUAGAGGACUAUCUGGAAAUGAUUGAACAGCUUCCAAUGGACCUGCGGGACCGCUUCACUGAGAUGCGCGAGAUGGACCUGCAGGUGCAGAAUGCAAUGGAUCAACUAGAACAAAGAGUCAGUGAAUUCUUUAUGAAUGCAAAGAAAAAUAAACCGGAGUGGAGAGAAGAACAAAUGGCAUCCAUCAAAAAAGAUUACUAUAAAGCUUUGGAAGAUGCAGAUGAGAAGGUACAGUUGGCAAACCAGAUAUAUGACCUGGUAGAUCGACACUUGAGAAAGCUGGAUCAGGAACUGGCUAAGUUUAAGAUGGAGCUGGAAGCUGAUAAUGCUGGAAUUACAGAAAUAUUAGAGAGGCGAUCUUUGGAAUUAGAUACUCCCUCACAGCCAGUGAACAAUCACCAUGCUCAUUCACAUACUCCAGUGGAAAAAAGGAAAUAUAAUCUGACUUCUCACCAUACAACAACAGAUCAUAUUCCUGAAAAGAAGUUUAAAUCUGAAGCUCUUCUAUCUACCCUUACAUCAGAUGCAUCUAAGGAAAAUACACUAGGGUGUCGAAAUAACAAUUCUACAGCCUCUUCCAACAAUGCUUACAACGUGAAUUCCUCCCAACCUCUGGCAUCCUAUAACAUUGGCUCAUUAUCUUCAGGAACUGGUGCAGGGGCAAUUACCAUGGCCGCAGCUCAAGCCGUUCAAGCCACAGCUCAGAUGAAAGAGGGACGAAGAACAUCAAGUCUAAAAGCCAGUUAUGAAGCGUUUAAGAAUAAUGACUUUCAGCUGGGAAAAGAAUUUUCAAUGCCCAGAGAAACAGCUGGCUAUUCAUCAUCUUCAGCACUCAUGACUACAUUAACACAGAACGCCGGUUCAUCAGCAGCCGACUCACGGAGCGGGAGAAAGAGCAAAAACAACAACAAGUCUUCAAAUCAGCAGUCCUCCUCCUCCUCCUCCUCCUCCUCCUCUCUGUCAUCGUGUUCUUCUUCAUCAGCCGUCGUCCAAGAGAUGUCUCAACAGACGACAGUGGUACCAGAAUCCGAUUCAAACAGUCAGGUUGAUUGGACUUACGACCCAAAUGAACCACGAUACUGCAUUUGUAAUCAGGUAUCCUAUGGUGAGAUGGUGGGCUGUGAUAACCAAGAUUGCCCUAUAGAGUGGUUCCAUUAUGGGUGCGUUGGGUUGACAGAAGCUCCAAAAGGAAAGUGGUACUGUCCUCAGUGCACCGCCGCUAUGAAGAGGAGAGGCAGUCGGCACAAAUAAGGGUGGUCAUUUCAUGUGAGCAAGGAAAAACUUCAACUAAAUGUUUUAUAUGGGACUUUAAAACAGAAGAAAAGAGAAAAGAGAAACAAUGCAUUUCCAGGCAACCACUUCAAGGAUUUACAUAGACAAUCCUGUAAGAUCUUGAACUUGAAUUUUAUGGGUUGUAUUUUAAUAAUGUAAGUAAAUUAUUUAUGCACUCCUGGUGUGCUACGAAUAUUAUUCCAGUUAGCCUUGGAUUCUUUCAGUGGCCAACAUAUGCAGACAUUUGUACUCCUCAACCAGUUUCUCAAAGUAAUGGGCAUUCUAUAAUUUAGACUUCAGAGAAUUCCAACGAUGAAGAUUUUAAGAAAAGCAUUUUAUAUUCAACAGGUAUGUUCUGCUGCAUGUACUGUACUCCAGAGCUGUUAUGUAACACUGUAUAUAAUGGUUGCAAAAAAAAAAAAAAAAGUCAGUGCUUCUAAAAAGAAUUUAAGAUAAUGGUUUUUAAAAUGCCUUUAUAAUAAGCUUUGUUUCUUUGUGAAACUAAAUUCAGCAGGCUGAAGGAAAUGGUUCAUGUGAUAAAGUGGGCUGGUGUCCUCUAGAGUACCUGGGUACAUAAACAGAAACUCCUGUAGGUAAAAACGAAUCUGUGCCAUUAGUCUUUAUAUGUUUCUGCAUCCAGAUAGAGUGCAGUUCAUGGGAGGGGAGGGGGGGGCGGGGGAGGGGCUGAAGGGCAAAGGGUGUUAAAGUGAUACAUUUUUAUACCAAAUGUGUUUAUUUUUUUGUGCAAGUAAUCCUUAAAAUUGGAAUUGUAUUAGGUGUUAAAAUAAAGUUUUUAAAAAAUUACUUGUAUUUAUACUUUACACACUCAAUAAGGAAAAUUUCUUAAUUCCAAUUAACUUCCAGUUUUCCUAAUCUAAAAAGGACAGAGGCCCAGGACACAGAAUGCUAUGUAAUCUGUGAUUUCUUAAACAAUGCUUGGAAUUCGGGACGUAAAAAUAAGGGAAAGACAUUUUUAAUGUAAAUUUGAAAUGCAAAUGUAUUUUUCUAGAACAUCUCUCUGGCUUUUCCUUCAGUCUAAGGGACAUGAAAACAGUCUAAUUAUAGUAGAUAAAAUAGAAAUAAUGGUUAUAGAUGUUUUGACUUUAGGCAGUGUGGCCAAUUUAAAUAAAGAGACCUCCUGGAUUGGAGCUUAAAAUUCAGUUCUAUUUCCGAUACUACCCCAUAUUGGUAUGACAGUUCAUUCAAAUUUUGAAUCACUCUGGGCCUUAUUAAACCAGGGUGAUGCUGGCUGCAGGAUGUCUGUAAAGCACUCCUAAGGUUUUAUUCUAUAGGUGCUAUUUAAAUUAUAAAUUUUGCAUAGUGGAGGUUUUAUUUCAGGUAUAAUAUCAAGUCUGGUUGGUAGAAAAAUCCUUAAAACUUUAAAAGUACUUAUUACAUCAUAUUUCUUUUAUGUUGAAACUUAUGGGUCCAUUAGAUUUCUGCUUUAAUCAAAACCACUUAUGAGCCUCUUAGAACUUUUUCAGAAGUCUAUAAAAUCUAUGCAAUGCUACCCAAAGGGUAUGGAUUAGGUAGGGGAUUUCAAAGGUCUCUUUUAGCUUCACGAAUCCUCAACUCUGAGCAACUCUGAGCUGUUGCAGAGUGAUUUUAUAGCUGGAAAGC